AUGUCAGAGAAGCGGCCGGCGUCCAGCUCCAUGGCUUCGGGUCAGUUGGUCAAGCGCCAGAAGUCGGACAACUCGAUGGCUCUGACUUCGGCCUCGCAGAAUGGCGCCCUCGUCCAGAGCUCCCACCGUGGCCCAGCCUUGUCUGCUCCUGUCAUGGAGCUGUCUGGUCAUACAGCCGAGGUUCUCGCUGCGCGGUUCAACCCAGAAGGAAACUACGUUGCCUCGGCAGGCAUGGACCGCAACAUUCUUCUCUGGCGUACUUCUGGAGACUGCCAAAACUACGCCAUCCUAUCCGGCCACAAAGGCGCCAUCCUCGACUUACAAUGGUCGCGCGACUCGCGCAACCUGUUCACUGCCUCGGCAGACAUGCACAUCGCCAGCUGGGACCUCGAAACCGCCCAGCGCAUACGAAGACACCAGGGCCACGACGAGGUCAUCAAUGCGCUCGACACCAGCCGUCGCGGCGAGGACAUACUUUUCAGUGCUUCCGAUGAUGGUUACAUUGGUAUCUGGGACCCUCGCCAAAAAGCCGCCGUCGACUUCAUCGAGACUCGCUUCCCUGUCACCGCAAUAGCCCUGGCCGAGGCUGGCAACGAAUUGUACUCGGGCAGCAUCGACAAUGACAUCAAGGUCUGGGAUUUGAGAAAGAAGCAGGUCGCAUAUUCUCUCGUUGGCCAUACCGACACCAUCACCUCGCUAGCUGUUUCGCCCGACUCUCAGACACUUCUUUCAAACUCGCACGACAGCACCGUCCGCACCUGGGACAUUCGUCCCUUCGCUCCUACCGAACGCCAUAUCAGAACCUUCGACGGCGCCACUGCAGGAAUGGACAAGUACCUGACCAAGGCUACCUGGGAUACAAAAGGAAAGCGCAUCGCUGCAGGCAGUGGUGACCGCUCAGUUGUCAUUUGGGAGGCCAGCACCGCCAAGCUGCUGCAGAAGCUGCCUGGCCACAAGGGCUCCGUCAAUGAUGUCCGCUUCGCGCCCAACGACGAGCCAUUGAUGCUUUCUGCCUCUACCGACCGCAAUCUGAUCCUGGGAAGUCUCUCGACAUGA